AUGAAUUCAGAAACUAACAGAAGAAAGAAAAGCGGGCUUUCUUUCCAACUGGAUUUAAUUCGAUAUCAAGAAUUACUUAAAUGUAAUCUAGAACAAGAUAUACCACCAAGAAGAGGUGAAAGAGGAGCAAGAGGAACCAGAAGAACAUCAACAAGAACAAACCAGGAAGUACCAGUGCUGUACAAUCUACCUAUUCGAAACACCCGAUCCAAGAAGAGAUUAUUAGAACAAAUGAAACAACAACAAGAAGAAAGGUCAAAAAGGAAUAAACGACAGAAACGACCUACACCGAUAGAACCACUUCCAACACUAUCACGACCAAAGUAUAUCCCAUCCACCUCAUCCACAAUCACACUCAAGAAACCAAUCUACAAAUCGCAAACUACAGUCGGAGCACCUCCAGCAAUCUCCAAAGAAACAAAAACCUCAUUUGAAACCAAAGUUUUAUUAGACCAUACCUAUCCAGAAUUAAUAAACCUAAUUAAAACCAACAUGUCAUUAAAAAACCCCGAAUUGAAUACUAUUGAUAUUUCAUUACAUCAUAAAUUAUUCCCCAAGAAUCUUGCCCAAGAAACUUCUCGAUUUGAAAUCACCCCGGAGUAUUAUAAUAAUGAAAAUGAGAAUCUGUUGUUGAGUAUGACAAAGAUGAAUAAUUUUAGUAAUGAUAUUGAUAUAAAGGGUUCAUACCGUUAG